AUGGAAGAAAUUCUUACUCCAAUUGGUGGCGGAUACAUAUUUCCGGAAAAUGUGGUUGGAAAAAUUUUGGAACAUUCAGAUUAUAAGUCUAUCAUGACUCUUCUGAAAGUUUCUAAAGGAUUCCGAAACACUAUUGGAUUCCAAAAGCCGGAUAUAAAACUUGAAUCUGUCGAAAUUUCGGUUGAAAUCGGGUCCAUUAUUUUGGCGUUGAAAUAUUCUGAAGAUUCUGAGAUUCUAAGAAUUCAGUAUAGAGAAAGAAGAUGCUAUUAUAGACAACCGCCAAGAAAAUGGAAAAGGAGUUUGGGAAAAUUUUGGAAAAAAGAACAUCGAAAAGAAAAAAGAGAACGACUGGAAAAGAAAUUUCAAGGGAAAGGAUGUUUCGUUAAAAAUUUGAAUUCUAAAAACAAGGAAAAAUUUCUAAAGACGAAUUUUCUUCAAGCGUUUCUCUUCGACUACUAUUAUGUUCUAUGUUUUCAAAGCUCUAAAAUUUCCAAUUUCAAAAUCAAUUUUCCAACCGAUUUGUCCUUGAAGAAAUUCUCUUAUCCUAUUUUCGUUCAAUUUCGACAUUGCUUUCAAUUUCGACAAAGAGUCCAUUUAAAAAUCCAAAACUUCUGUUGCAAUUUCCUAGAAGACCGACACAUUUCAAUGAUUCUUGAAUGCUUCGACUUGGAUUCUAUUGAAAAGUUGGAAAUAUUCAAAAAGUUCCUUCCCGAUUAUUCGAAAAUUGGGAAAUAUUUGAUUCAACGAACACCGCAAUGGAAGAAAUUGAGGGAAAUCAAUUGUGGAGAUGAAUCAAUUUAUGACGGAUUUGUGAAAGAUUUAUUGCAUUUUGAGAGAGUCCAUGUGAGAAUGGAGCUAGUCACUUUAUCAGAGAUCGAAAUUUUGAAAAAUGCCUUCCAAACUACCGCAAAUCCUAAAAAUGUCUGUUUUGAAUUGCUUUAUUUUGAUUCAAAUAUGCUGCGCCGGCUUUUCCGAGAACCUCUGGAUCAUGAAAAUCAGAAUUCUUCCAAUCUUCAAAAUCUCACACUUUUCUCUAUGAAUCUCCGGGAAACUUUCAAAAACCAUCUUCACAAAAUCCACUUGUCGCUCAACAAAACAAAUGCAAAUCUGACAUUCAAGUUUUUCGACGACUACACAUAUAUGUCCUAUUUUUACAAUGAUAAAGGUCUAGGAUGCGAAAUUUAUUCAAAAAAUACAAAGGAACGAAAACUUAUGGACACUUUGGAUUUUGUAUCUGCAUUGUGCAAGGACUUGGAGGAAAUUUUGAGUCUUCAAAUUCAAAAUUUUCUUCAUUUCGGAGUAUUUCUACAUUAUGAGUCAACUGAUACAAAUAAUUGGAAUGAGAGCCAAGAAGUGGUUUCAAGAAGCUUUUUGGAGAAAUUCGAGAGCAUUCUAAAGUCCAGAAAUCGAUUUUUGAAAAUCAAUAGCUUUCAUAUGAAUCCAAAUAGUCAACAUCAACUUUUAUCUUUUCUCCCGUUUUUCGACUUGAAUGUUUUGACAUUGGAGAGACUUCACAAGAAUGCUAUUCCCUUUGAAACUAAUAGAAUUGUGAAAUCGGACCAGUGGAGAAAAUUGAAGAUGUUUUACACAGAAAACUACAUUUUGAAUGUGGCAAUGGAAGAUUUGAUGCAUUUUGAAUUCGCAGUUGUUACGGUUGAAGAUAUUGGUUCGAGAGAUGUGCUGAAUUUGAAAGAGAUGCUCCAAAAUUCUUCCAAACCUUCUCGUCUCACCCUCCGCUACAACUAUUUCUCUGGUCCCGUUGAACCAUACGAGUGUCUUGGAAGACGAAAAACUGCAAGUUUCAAAUCUGGAAUUAUCACUCAAGAAUGGGCUUUUCCAAUUUUCAAAAAAGAAGAGGAACCUGAAAAUUCGGAAAGUUCUCGAAAAACCAAAAUCUUGACGAUUUAUCACAAAUCUAAUAAAGAAUUCAAAUUCGGACUAAGAGACGCGAGCUCGAGAGAGAAAAUGGCUAAAGUUUCUGAUGUUGAUGGAAUGGUUUUAUGGACAUUCGCUUUUCCAUGGAUUAUGGAGAAGACGCUGGAGUACGGAGAUUUUGAAUCAAUUUUGGUCCUUCGCAAAGUGUCCCGUGACAUUCGAAACUUCAUCGAUGACCCGAAAAAUCGUUUUCAUUUGAAACCAGUGAAGAUAUAUAUACAAUUCUGUCAGAAUGUAAUAGCCUUGAAGUUUGGAUACACCGGAAAAGGAUUUUGGGCGAUUUACGCGCCAAUUGAGAAAAUCAAAGAUGGACCAAUAGAUCAGAAAGAAGGCUGCGAAGUGUUUCGAUUAAAAAAUGAGGCGGAGAGGAGAAGAGAUUUAGAAUAUGGAUUGAGAGCCGAAAUCAACAAUCACACGCGUUCAAAGUUUUUGGAAGGAGCUGAUUCGGUCCCCACAGCUUUCAAGGAUGUGGAAACGAUUUUGAAUUUGGUGAAAUCGAAAUUAAAAUCGCUCUGGAUAGUUUUGAAGGAGCCAAGCGAGAAUUCCAACUUUUCCAAACUUUUCAAGGAUUUUUUGACAUCAAGAAAGUCUUCCAUAUCCGUGGAGCACUUCAAAAUGGUAAUCAAUCAAGAAGAGGACGUUCUGGAAAUUCUUCCAUUUUUGAAUCCAAAAUUUUUGAAAUCUAUCGAAGUUAGCAAUGUGAAUUACAAAGAAGGAGAAGAUGUCACUGAUCGAAUGGAUAUUAAUAGAAUUGGAGAUUUGGAGCAAUGGAAGUCCGCGGAAGAAUUGAAAAUUGCGGGAUUUAUGAUCAAUAAUACGGAGCUGGAUAAAUUGACGCAUUUUUCGGAAUUGGAGGUUUUCGUAAAUUUGAUUACCAUUGAGAAUUUGUUGGCUUUAAAGAGGAUUUGCACUCAAUCCAUCAAAACCUUCUCUUUGAAAUACGAAGAAUUGGAACAAGACUCUCUACGCGAUACAUUUGGUGCACCAUUUCUGCAAACUGCUCCAGAUAACUCUCGUCAAAGAAUCUGGUACUUCAGAAUACCUGGGAAUUCAGAAGACGUCGUCACACUUGUCAUUGUUUUAACGAAAUUUUCAGUAACAUUUGAUAGGAUUUCCAUUUCUGAAAAACCGGAAAAUGUUUUGAUUUUGAACUGA